CUAUCAUUGGUAUAGCUUCCAGCAUGGCUGGUUUGAAUAUCUCUAUAGCUUUUUUCUUCUCCAUUGUAAUCCUCUGUGAGGCAACCAGGAAGAUCUCCAAGAGAAUUUUUCCACUGAAGAUGUAUUUUUGUCUAGCUGGUGAACUGACCAGCUCAUUCCAGAUGUGUGCUUGCUUCCUUGAAUUGAAGAUGCUAAGAGAAAUUGGUCCAUGGAGUGGUGGCUUUGGCCCAGAUGUGAGCCUGACUCUUCUGUUUCUCCUCUUCUUGGUUCAUGGUGCCUGUUUUGAUGGAACUUCUGCCAAUCCUUGUGUCUCAGUCCAGGAGUUUCUGACUUUAGAAUCUUCUUUGUGGGUUACUCUUGCCAAACUCUUGUCUCAGUUUAUGGGGAUGGAAGCAGCAUGUGUUUUCACUAAGCAAUAUUGGUCCAGGGAACUGACAGACUUCCACACUAUACAAAAUUUAAUUGCUCAAGACUGUACUUCGUCUCUCAGUGCCUCUGUCUCCCAUGGUAUCUUUGUUGAAGCCUUGUGCUCAUUUCUUUUCCAUCUUGUGACUCUCCGAUUCCAGGCCAGUUUUCCUAUGCACAGAGUCCCUAUCGUAGCACUCACUGUUACUGCCUUGACCUAUACAGCUGGUCCUUUCACAGGAGCUAUUUUUAACCCUGCUUUGGCCUCUGCUGUAACCUUUGCCUGCUCUGGGAAUAACUUGCUGGAGUACAUGCAGGUAUAUUGGCUUGCACCCAUUACAGGCAUGCUGGUAGCUGUGUUUGUGUAUCAGGGAAACAUCCCACGACUCUUCCGGACAAAUCUGCUUUACAGUCAAAAAAACAAAUAUAAGAUACCCAAAAUGAAAGGUAAUCCCGCCAUGUCUGGUGACAUCAGACAGGGCCAGGCAAAAACAGAGAGGACAAUCAGCCACUCAGGACCACCUAGAAGGACAGAAUGAAACAAGCAGAAAAUGGUGGGUGUGGGGUCCUCCAGUUUCUGUUUAUUGGUAUGGGGAGAAGGGACCUUAAGCUUCUCUGUGGUCUUUUUGAGGUCACUUGGGAACUGUUCUGUUUGGAGGUGACAAGGACAACUCUCACUUAUAAAUGUUGGGUGAGGACUCAGGAGAUCUGGAUUCAAAUUCUCUCAUGACCAUGAAAUGCAUUGUGUAACCAGCUCUCAGACUAGCCUAGAUCACAGGGUUAUUGUGAGAUACAGCUGGUAUAUCUCCUUCAGCUCCUUGGAGGAAAUAUAGAAUAUCAAUGGAAUAUAUUUUUUAAAGUGUAGUUUAAUUACAUGGUGAAGUGAAAUUUGAUUGGACUUCAGUGUGAAGGCUUGUAUAAAUCAUGGUUUCAGUAAUCCUUAUACACCAUACAUUUCUGUCUUCUUCCUGAUCUUAUUCCUCUUUGUGAUAUUCUUCAUCCUAUGGUGUUCUAAUGAACUGUUGGAGCUGUAUAUUACUGUAUAUUACAAUACACUAUUGCUGCCAUCCAGAGAAAGCUAAUCACCUAUA